AUGGAAAUCGUUGAAGGAAUAUCCCUAUACGACGAUAUAAAGAAACAUGCUUAACAACACUACCAAGAGCAAGAAAUUCGAGAAAUAAUGAGAAUGCUAAUUGAUGGAGUAUGCUAUUGUAAUAAUAAGAACAUCAUGCACCGAGAUAUAAAGCCUGAAAAUCUUUUAUUUGGUAAAAAAGGUAACUAAAACGUUCUAAAAAUAGUUGAUUUUGGUCUAGCUACAUACGCAGAUGAAAUCCCUUAUAUUUUCCCAAAAUGCGGAACGCCAGGUUUCGUGGCUCCUGAAAUAGCGAAUUUAAUAGAUAAAGCUUAAGAAAAAGAUCCUUUAAAACGUACUAAUGCUCAAUAAGCUCUCCUACAUUCAUAUUUUACUUAAGCUCAUGGUAUAGUAAGAGCAAAUUCGAGUGAUAAUAUAACCAGAAUGAGUUUAGAAGAUUUAGAAAAUAUACCGAAUAUUAGAGAAAAAUAACAAUCUAUGUUUACAAAACCGCCUAGAAUUCCUUAUUUAACAAGAGAAUAAGGAGAUACAGAGGAUAAUCUGAAUUCGUUUUUAAAAGAAAAGUUAGAGAAUCAAUAUAGGAAGAACAUGAUGAAGAAGAUGAAAACUAAAAAUAAUGUUAGGAAUAAUAAAAAAUAUAUUAAUUAUAAUAAUAAAGCGAAGAUUUGA